AUGUUUAAUGUUAUAUGUGUUCCCGUGUUGAUCAGGUCGUGUAGAUUUGCAGCUGCCAUAAAUCCCGUGAUGCGCCGUUUCUCGCAAUCGGCACCGAAUUACUCACCAAAUAAAACCAUGACAAAAAAAAAAAAAAGUUCCCUUUGCCUCUCUUUCUUUUUUAUUUGCCCCACAAUCGACUACACUCAUGAAUGCCCAAAGAUUAAAGAACCUCAUCUCCCUUCGUUCAAGAAAUGCUUCAAACAAACUACAACGUACAUUACAAGAGUUGGCACAAAAUAUACAACGACAGAUCCAACAGCAGCAGCAAGCACCGAUUCCCGUACCUGUCCCAGUACGUCAUAG